AUGACCAUUCAGACCAUAGUGUUGUUGAGUGUAAUAUGUGAAGAAACGACCACAAAAAAGAGACAAAGAAGAUAUUUAUUGUUCACACCAGCCACACAGUGGGGGGUAUUCGCCACGGUAUCCAUCCCCCUUCACCCGAACACGUACGUGAGUGUGGCAUGGUUCCUGGAAGCCAAUUACUACAACGUGGACAAUGCUACCUACUUCGAGCCCUUGCUGGGGGAUAUUGAAACUACAUCAAGAAAAAGACUUGAUCGUAGUAUUGAAGCGCCAAAGAAAGUUAUGACCAGAAGCAGUGUCUAUACUCUAAUCGAGUCCAUGCUACAAAAACACGGGUAUCCUGGCCGUCCAUGCUUGCUUAGACUCAUAUGUGAGAAUGCUUAUGCUCAUUUCUUGCAUAAUGGUCUGAUAGGAGACUUGAUAUACUUGAUCCUAACACCUUCUGCUUCUAUGUCUGAAGAUGAUGUAGAAGACAGCUUCUACGAAGCAGAAUACUAUGGCUUAGAUAAAAAAUGCAAGAGAUACAUCAAAACAUGUCCAUCGAAUCUUCUCGAAACGAUUACUGUGUAUACUGAUGCUGAAAAUAUGGCGUAA